ACAACAAUGGCAGCCUCCAUGGAACAGAUUAAUCGUCUGCUAAGUUCUGGAAAAUACAAGCCUCUUCUAGCUGUAAUCAAAGGUUUCCGGAAUGGCGCAAUUUAUGGUGCUAAAGUCAGAUUUCCUCAUGCUCUUGUUAUGACAUUUCUAUUUAAAAAUACAAGUCUGAUAGAGAGCAUGAAAGUAAUCCUGGAAGCAACUUUCAUCCACUCAAGAAAUCUAGCAUAUUUUGUGUUUGCAUACAAAGGUCUCACAACACUGUUCCGAUUCUUGGAAGACCAGAAAUCCCAGUAUCACUCUUUUAUAGCAGCUUUCUGUGCAGGAUUUGUCGUUUUUGGCAAGUACAACAAAGUCAACGAACAGAUCAACCUGUACUUACUAUCAAGAAUACUGUAUGGACUUGCCAAGCUCGCGGUGAAGCGUGGCUAUAUUCCCAAACCAAAGAGCGACCCAUUCCCUCUGUUUGCGGCUGUAGUGUGGGGAAUUGUGCUGUGGCUGUUUGAAUACGAGCGGGACACACUGCAGCCAUCGCUCAAGUCCUCCAUGACCUACCUGUACGAUGACAGCAACAUCUGGCACAGUCUGAGAGAUUUCUUAUUUUACAACAAAAGAUAAUCAACUUCACUCUUAGGAAAUUUCAAUCAAAUGUUGUACAUGUAAUUUCUCUUUUAUAACUUUUAUAAUUGUCAUCCUUGUCCAUAAAUAAAAAAUUUUUUUAUGAAUUAUUAUUUUUUAAUUGAUGAUUGUAUGAGUAUAUGUAUUUAUCACACAUGAAAAUAUAUCAUAGGUUGUUAUCUUAAUGAUGAGGGACUGAACCAAAUGGCUCAAGAUACCAGUGGUUCAGGAUAAGCAUGAUAGUUGUAAGUAAAAAUUAUGUCAUGUGAUCAUUUCUCAACCUCAAGAUCCCCAGGGCUGGUGAGAUAACAGGGGUCAGGAUAAUGUUGUUUAUAUGUUGUUGUUGUUUUUUUAUAAUCAAUGUAUCACAAUUAUUUAAUGUACUUUGAAAAGAAAAUUGUUUUAUAACAUCUUUUGUUAUGGAGCUGUAUGAGGCUGUUUACAGUUAACUGUGUUGUCUUUAACCAUAAGUCCGACACCUGCAAAAGGUCCCUAAAAUAUGUUAUAUAACUUUUAUGACAUUGACAUUGUGAUAAUUAUAGAGAUGAGAUGAAAAGAAAUGCCUUAAUACAAUAUGUACUAGAUACCUAAAAUGAAACCCACCCUAGUCGAUGUCAUUGUGAUACUGUAGUUUUCAUCACCAUGUGUUAUUAGUUUAUUAAAACUGUGAUUUCUCUGACAUCUUAAAACAUGUCAGAAUCAUUUUAAAGACAUUUAAUGACAGAAAACAUUUUGCUGUUCCUACUACAGUAACAGUGCUGUUAUAACACUGAUUUAUUUUUACCCCAAACGCUUUCUGAACCGUUUGAAAUCACACUGUUUCAGCUAAAACAAAUCGGCUGAAACAAUUUAGGUAUUGAAUGUAAAUGACUUAUUGCAUUUUAACUUUAAAAAUCCUUACACCUCACUUUCUUCUGUUGGUGCAUCCAUCUUGGAACAAAACAAGAGCUUGUGCUGAUGUAACGCUUAAAACGUAUUGAAUGUGAACACAUUAAAAUGCUUUCAAAAUAACAUAAAAUGGCUAUUGUGACCAGUCGGACUAAAUAAAACAUGCAGAGAAAUGUUUUGAAAGUGGAUUCAGUGGGAACAGAACUUAAGACAGGUAUAUAUUGUUUCAAGCUGACAUGUAUACCUACACAUUAUUGCCUUGGUUUGGACAGGUUAUGUGUUUUCAAGGACCGGAGGAUGGGUUUAAUUAUAGGCUGGAUGGAGAUUGUGAUAACUGAGGAAGGUUGAACUUGAAACGGUGCAGGAUGGGUUUAACUGAAGAGCCAGUGGAAAUUUGAUACUUGUUGAUACAGGUACUUACAUUUCGACAGACCUAUGCAACAAAUCAUGUCUUUUGAGAAACUGGCAUCUAUUUGCUGAGUAUAAUUACAAAAUGUGAUGUAAUAUAAAUCAUGUACAUCAUCAGAAUACAUAUAAGAUUGCUGUAAAAUUUGAAUACUGAUUUUGUUUUGUUCACUCUUUUUUUCCAGGGAUAUAUUUUUAUUUUUGUGCAUGUUCAUGUUGGUGAUAUUUUUAAUCAUUAUAUGUUUAUUUGUAAUUUGUAAAUGAUUCAGUAACUACUUGAAUUGUAGUGGCUUGCCGGAUCAAUAUAAAUACAAUGUAUAUAAAUAUGAAGAAAAAUAUUUUUGUAAAAACCAAAUUGCAUAAUCUAUAUUAUAAUACAAUUUUACUCAUAAUAAAUUUUCAAAACAC